AAGCUGACAUUAUAUAAAGCCUGAUGCACUGUCCUGUCGUCUGCAUACUCUCCGAGAUCUGGCAAAAGAUUACACAUUACAAUGAACAUUACUGUUAAUUCGUCGAUGUGGACAAGAGCAGUUUCAAGGAUCGGUAUCCUGAACAAUGAUUCACUAAGUAUGCCGGAGGACUCUGUCGAUAUAUUGCAGUCGGAGCUCUUGCCGUCCCUUAUUUAUGUCUCGUGCCUCCUUCCAAUUGGGGUCACCGGGAAUGCCCUCGCCUGUUGUGUGUAUUACAAGAAAUGGAGGAAGAAACGCAAAGUUUCUACGCUGUUUAUUCUGACUUUGGCCUUAACUGAUUUAAUUAACUGCUUGGCCACUAUGCCGUUUGAGAUUGCAUUACUGUUGAAUCCUUUAUAUUUUGAUUUCCCAAUUCUCUGUAAGAUCUCUCGAUGGAUGACAUAUUUCCUAAACUGUUUCUCCACGCUGACCCUCCUGGGUAUUGCCUUUGACCGACUGUUUGGUAUAAGGUACACGUUUAAAAAAGCUCCAUUUGGAAUAAAACGCUGCAAGAUAUACCUUGCAUGUUCAUUGUUGAUUGCUAUGUUAACCACUUGGCCAGCAUUAAUUCUGUUCGGAACAUCCACAAUGGUUCAUCACGAUACUCCCUCCAAAACUUGUCUCAUUGACGAUGAAUAUGCUUCAAACAAAAUGGCCAUCAAACCUUUCUGGCAUGGAAUUUACCUUAUUGUGUCUAUCUUUGUCGUAGACAGCAUUUUGAUCAUCAUCUACAGUUUGAUUGGAUGCACGAUCUACAAAAGGCGAAUCGGCCCAUCCGGUCUACGAAGAAGCGGCAGAUUCGCUUCGUCAUUUUCAUUCAAGAGGUGUUCGAUAGACUCGUGUUCUUGUAAUUCAAAGAACAAUUUUAACUGCCCCAGCUGUAGACAAAAGGCAAAGUGUGCAUUGACAGACAUAGAUGAAAUUCUCGAGGACGAUGUAUUCGUUAAUACUGCUACAGGUCCGCACACAAAAAGUAACUCCAGCUCAACUGAAUUCUUUAGCAACAGCUGCAGUAGUAACAAUGGCCGAUCCAGCAGAUAUAGCGGACGAUUUUCACCAAAACGAACGUCGCCAGUAAAAUCACAGCAAUCCUUCCGCUUUAGCACAGGAUCUCCAGAGAAACCUUUAAGGUUUUCUUCAAUAAAGAGUUCAUUGUCUAGUCAAUCUUCCAGGAGGAAUCUGAGGUUCGAAUCGUUUUCAAAUGAAAGCUUGAGAUUCGGGCCGCGGUCCAGAACGAGGAAGACGUUACUGAUGCUGGGCGUGGUGACGGCAGUGUACAUAUUGACGUUUCUCCCCUACUGUGUGAUUGUUAUACUUAGAUAUACAUCCCCAGGACUGUAUUUAACAAUGAACUUGGUACAGAAAAAUCUCUACCAAUUGUUUAUUAGAUCUUACAUGCUUAGCAUGUCUACAAAUUCUAUAAUAUAUAGCUUUGUGAACAAUCAUUUUAGGCAAGAAUGUUAUUUAGUGAUAAAAUCACUAUUUUAUAUGUAUCGUAAAAACCAUGACUAGAUCAAAUGUGUACAUUGUAUUUUAUUAUGUAACAGUAAACCAAUAAAGAA